CGCAACAUGCACGUCGUGGUAUGUUACUCGGUGUUGAGUAAAGUUACCUGGCUGACGUGGGAUUGUGUGCGCGCGCGUCGUAAGACGGCUAUUUUAUUUCAUUGUAUUCUUUCUGUCGCGUAAAAUGUGACGUUUUGUUUCUUUUUGGAGUCGCUAGCUCUUAUGGAAGAGAGGGGGAGGAACAAGGGAUUUUCUACAAAGUAUCCAGAGAUGUUGCCACGCAGUCAUGGCUCCACUAUGGUGAAAGUUUAGAAGGUUUCUUCAGCUCUGACUAGACAAUAAAAACACAUCUCCAAAUGAAGCUUAGUAAGUAUUUAAGAGGUAGCGGGAGGUUCCUCGCGUUUGUCUUUGUCGCCUCAGUACUUUGGCUCCUGUUUGACAUGGCAGCUCUCAGGUUCUCCAUUACAGACGUGAAGGGCCAACUCAUGAAAGAGCUGGUCCUCAAAGAGAGAGAGUUAACCAAGAAACAAAGCUCAAACCCGACAAACUUGAGGCAUUACCCUAUCCGAAAGGUGAACCCGGAUAUUCAGGCGUCUCAGAGCUCAGAAAUGCUGAAGAGACAAGUUGUCGAGGUUUACAGGAGAAAAAAACCUGGCAGGGUUAAUGUCGAAAAUAAUAAAAAUAACAAUAAAGUAGCCCCUAACCCGAGUGGCAACAUUUUAACCAUGGCCGGAAAUGAUACAAAAUCAUUUGGACACAAGAAGGACAUUUUGGAAAAGCAAAACUCUCCAAGCUACAAAGUAUCUCCAGGAAUGGGGAAAAAACAAGGAGGACUGACAAAAACCAAGGCGCCAUCUGCUGGCCAGGAAGGGCAGCGUUUAAAACUGCAGUCAAAUAGCACCAAAGACCACCAAAUUCCACCAUCACAGGACUUCAGAAUACCUCCGAGUGCUAGUUUGUCUCACAAAUCCAACAACACGUUGAACAAGAUCAAACUGGAUGCAUCCACGAACAUUCCUCCUAACUCCGUCCACAUGGCUGAUAAGAGAAAAUCGGUUGCAAAAGAUAACAAGACUGACUCGCUGCCUGGUAAAAUCUUCGUGCACGUUACAGCAAAACCAUCGAAGAUCCGAACUGGACGGCUUCUGAACUCGACAGGUGAGGAGAAGCAGCAAGAUGGGCUGCAUAAGGUCAUGAACCUGGAUGUGACCCUUAAACCGAGGGAUUCGCGCGCGCUGGGGCAGUUCGGCUGGGCGGCAGAGGUGCCUGAGGAUGAUUUAGAGGAGAGCAGGCGCAGAUGGAGUGAGGGUUAUUUCAACGUCUUCCUCAGCGAGCAGAUCCCAGUGGACAGGGCUGUUCCAGACACACGACCUCCAGCAUGCUCCCAGAAGCUAGUUCACGAUAACCUGCCGACGACGAGCGUGAUCUUCUGCUUUGUGGACGAGGUUUGGUCCACUCUGCUGCGCUCUGUCCACAGCGUGCUGAACAGAUCUCCACCUCACCUGCUCAAAGAGAUUCUGCUGGUGGACGACUGCAGUGCAAAAGACUACCUGAAGGACAAGCUGGAUGUCUACAUGUCUCAGUUCCCUAAAGUCCGGAUCAUCCGCCUCAAAGAGAGACACGGGCUGAUCAGGGCGAGGCUGGCCGGGGCUGCUGAGGCAAAGGGUGACGUCCUGACGUUCCUGGACUCCCAUAUCGAGUGUAAUGUGGGCUGGUUGGAGCCGCUGCUGGACAGAGUGUACCAAGACCGCAGGAAAGUCGCCUGUCCUGUUAUUGAGGUCAUCAACGACAAGGAUAUGAGUUACGUGAUGGUGGACAAUUUCCAAAGGGGCAUCUUCAAAUGGCCUUUAGUGUUUGGUUGGAGCACAUUAUCAAACGACUUCAUCAGGAAGAAUCAUAUCAAAGUCUCAGAUCCCAUCAGGUGCCCAGUGAUGGCAGGGGGUUUGUUCUCGAUAGAUCGGAAGUAUUUUUAUGAGCUGGGAGCGUAUGAUCCAGGCCUGGAUGUGUGGGGAGGAGAGAAUAUGGAAAUCUCUUUCAAGAUCUGGAUGUGUGGUGGUGAAAUUGAGAUCAUCCCGUGCUCUCGUGUGGGUCAUAUCUUCCGUGCUGAGAACCCCUAUGGCUUCCCCAAAGAUCGUCAGAAGACAGUGGAGAGAAACUUGGCUCGUGUAGCUGAAGUGUGGCUGGACGAGUAUAAAGAGAUUUUCUUCGGUCAUGGUUAUCUGCACCUGCUGGAUAAGAAUGGGCUAGACAUCGGGAACCUUACAGCACAGAUCCAGCUGCGUAAGAAGCUCCAGUGUAAGAGUUUUAAGUGGUACUUGGAGAAUGUCUACCCCGACCUGGAGGCUCCACUGGCUAAAGCUGAAGGCCUUGUUUUUAACAUCGGCACUAGGAAGUGUCUGGUGCAAGAAAACGGCUCUUUAUCUUUUGGGAUCUGUGAUCUUAGCAAACAGAGCCAGCAUUUCAACUACAGCUGGGUGAGAACACUCCGUCAGAACACUUUGUGCAUAUCUCCACAAGUCAACAAAAGAGGCGUGGCCUUGGAACCAUGUGACAACACUAAGCCACACCUCCGCUGGCUGCACAAGUCCAAUAAACUUCUGGCAGAGCAUCUGAUCGCUGAGACACAUCCUCAACGUAUGUGUCUGGAAGCAGAACCUAACGGAGACACCAUCUUCCUAAAGACGUGCAACACAUCCAGCUCCUACCAGAAAUGGCAUUUCACACACUACUACGCACAGUGAGCCACGGAGACGCACGGAGUUUUUCAUCUCCCUUUCUUCAGGAUGAAGACGUUAUGUUACAUAGUGUUUAAGUGAAGUAUGGACAGAUGCAUGCAGAGAUGUGUAAUUUUGGUUAAAAAGUCUGUUUUAAGGGUUGCUGCAGUAGGUUUAAUUUUAUUAUGAAUAUUUGUUUGUUUUCGCCGUGGAUAAAUUCGAAAGCAGUUACACCACAUGGUUUCGGGGACAAUUUUGAACUUGAUGCACUUCUUGUUCUGCUUGGUUGAAAUGAGCACAAGCAUUUGAAGUGCCUGGUUUUAAAAAAAAAAGGUAGAGAAAAGUGCAUGUUGCACAUCCAGUGGUACUUGAGUCAUAUAACAGUUGACUGUGGUAGAAAAAUUCAUUAUUAUGACACAAACCUGGUACGUUACACAAGGCAUGCCGAUCAUAAUAAAUUUUUUUUUCCCCAGCAAUUAAAUAUAGAUUUAACAUCAGCAAUAAGCAGUGUGUUAUGCUGUACACAUUCCCUGUGGACACUAGAGGGCGCUGUGUACAAUGUUUCUAAAUAAUGUUUGGUUUUUUUGAUCUGCUCAACCUUUAUUUUUUUUCUUCCAGGUGAUUCUGGAUGUUUACAAAAAUCAGACUGACUUUUUUUUUUAUUUUUUAUUAAACCUGUUCUUUUUAAUAAAGUUCUGUAUGAAUAACUAUAGGUGGUUAUAGUGGUUUAGGAUUUUCAAAACAGUGCCAUUUCAAAAAUGAUUGAUUUAAUACUGUGAGAGUGUUUGUGCUGCUCACCUGCUGAAAGAACUUAUGGGGACGUCGUUAUUAUCAUCACCGAAACUCCCAACUAUCUGUAGUGUCAUUACAUGACAUUACAGGUGUUUAGCAGACGCUCUGAUCCAGAGCGACAUACAACAUACCCAGAGGGUUAAUGGUUUGGUGCCUUGCUCAAGAGCACUUCAGCCAUUCCUGCUGGUCCAGGGAAUCAAACCGGUGACCUUUUGGUCCCAAAACUGCUUCUCUAACCAUUAAGCCAUGACUUCCCCAUGUAUUUAAGUAUCCUAUAAACUUAUUCUCUACAGCAA